CAUUUGCAGAGCAAACAACUGCAUCUCUCCUGCACUGCUGCCCUUCCUAUGUCCCUAAUUCACUGAUCCUGUGCCACCUUUGUCUCUCCCAAUCUUUGACCUUUCUUCACAACCUGUUACGCAUUCUUUCCUGUCUGGUCUUGUUCGCGCAACAUGCCCACGCCUCAUGACGAAACGCAGCCCACGCCCAUCGACAUCUCCGCAUCAAGCACAACUCACGCGACUUGCCCGCCAGAGGACCGUUUCCCGCAAACACAACCCGAAGAACAUGUUCUCCCACCCUCCGAACAUAGUCGUAGUCUCGUAGUCGACCCCAUCGCGCAAAUGCCCACACCCGAAGAGGAUUCAGACCCGGACCCGACCAUGUCGGAGACGCCUGCAAAACCCAUCGACAUCGUGCAAGAUAGCCUCGAGAAACAGGCGCGCCUGCCAACUCCCUCUAGCCCAGUAAACGACGAUUUGAAAGACACUACUCCGCGAGUCAAUCCUUCGGCCUCGGCACAGCCUUCUCCUACCAAUUCGAGUUAUCCCCUUAGCAGAAAAAGGCUGAUACCCUGCUUGACCUCUUCCAAGUUCCAAUCAGGUAGCAAGUUCCGAGGAACUCAACAGUCAGAUCGACAAACAUAUGAUGUACAGGUUGAAAUAAAACAUGUCGAUAUGGACGAGUCGUUCGUUUGUGGAUAUUUGCGCAUUCAAGGUCUGACCGACGAUCAUCCAACAUUGACCACCUAUUUUGAAGGCGAGAUAAUUGGUACCAAGCACUCGUUCCGAACCGCGCAUCCAGAAUGGGGCUCUACAGAAAAGGUUGAUAUGCAACAUUGGGCUCGCUUCCCACCAUGGAAGCCUCUAGCCAAGCAGGCCAAAUCGCCAAACUUUGCAUGCGAGGAUUAUGCUCAGCGCGAGCAUCUCUUUAUGAGGUGGAAAGAAUACUUUUUGGUACCGGACCACAAAGUCAAGUCCAUUACUGGAGCCAGUUUCGAAGGCUUCUACUACAUUUGCUUCAACCAGCGUACCGGCGCUGUGUCUGGAAUUUACUUCCAUUCUCGCAGCGAAAAAUACCAACAGCUCGAGCUAGUACAUGUAGACGACCGAGGUUGCGUGGGUGCCGUCGAGUUUCGAUAGCCCAGCCAGUCACACUUAACGAAGAAAUGACCAAGGGGCGGUGAGGUAUGUUACUGGCGGCGGAUCGUUUUCCUUUCUGACAGCCAUUGUAUAGUCUGGCGUUAGUGAGGUUUCUUUUCUCUUGUGUUAAUAGGGCUCGUGGCGUCUUCGACAUAGCCAUUCAUUGCUGUUCUUUCGUUUCGAGCAGGUACUCAGGCAAGAUUCCAUUGUACAUAGUUAUUUUCUGCAUCUGUUCAGACUUUUGACGUGCUGUACGCAGCGUUGAGUCGUCUCGACAAACAAGUAUUUUGCCGACGUGCUUCCAUGAAGCCUACACCACAAUGUCCA